AUGGAUGGAGUUGAUGACUACAACUUCAUUCUACCGCUGUGGCGUCAGAUCCUGUGGAGCAUUCUGUUCGGUGGAAUGGUAAUUGUGGCCACGGGAGGCAAUCUAAUCGUCAUAUGGAUUGUGCUGGCCCACAAGCGGAUGCGAACGGUCACCAACUAUUUCAUAGUGAAUCUCUCCAUUGCGGACGCCAUGGUCUCCACACUCAACGUCACCUUCAAUUACACGUACAUGCUAAACGCUCACUGGCCCUUUGGCACCAUUUACUGCAAGAUCUCUCAGUUCGUGGCAAUCCUCAGCAUCUGCGCAUCCGUCUUCACGCUUAUGGCAAUUUCCAUAGACAGAUACAUGGCCAUCAUGAAUCCCCUGCGACCGCGUAUGGGAAAGCGCACAACGCUGUGCAUCGCAGCGAUUAUCUGGAUAGUGGGUGUCAUCCUAUCGUGUCCAAUGCUGGUCUUCUUCACCACCUACGACCAGCACCUACAGGAGGGCGAAGUGAGAGUGGUGUGCUAUUCAGAGUGGCCGGACGGACCUACAAAUCACAGCUUUCAGGAGCACGUAUACAACGUCGUCUUCAUGUUUCUAACGUACUUCCUGCCCAUCGGCUCAAUGACAUUCACAUAUGCCAGGGUUGGGCUUGAACUUUGGGGCUCGCAGAGCAUAGGAGAAUGUACUCAGCGGCAGCUGGAGAACAUCAAGAGCAAGAGAAGGGUUGUAAAAAUGAUGAUGACGGUGGUUCUUAUCUUUGCCGUGUGCUGGCUUCCAUUCCAAGUCUACUUCAUCGUGACAUCGUACGAUCCCGGAAUUACCAAUCUACCCUACAUACAAGAAGUUUACCUGGGCAUCUAUUGGCUCGCCAUGAGCAACUCCAUGUACAAUCCCAUAAUUUAUUGCUGGAUGAAUUCACGGUUUCGUCGAGGAUUCAAGCAGUUUUUCCGAUGGUGUCCCUUUGUGCAACUCACACCGGAAACACUGACGAGACGCGAAGUCGUCACCAAAUACUCGUGCGCCGGUUCACCGGAGCACCACAGAAUUAUUCGCAAUGACACUGAAAGAUCAUUUCUCUACUCAUGUUCAGGAUCGCCAAAGCACCUCAAUCGAACGAGUGGCUCAAUGAGGACUUCCAUGCAGCACACAUGCCACAGUCCGGCCACGAAGAGCAGCUAUGUUACCAACACGGCGGGCAUGAUAACGCUCAAUUCCCUGAAUAACGACAUCCCCCUGUCCAGGACCACGACGGGCAGUCAGCGCUGGACAUCUCGUCGCUCCGUCUCCUGACAAUUGUCCGGGGGUAGCGAGGGCGGCGACGGGGUGCCCUACAACGGGAUCAGUUGCAACAACAACGAGACCACCCAGCAGACAAUUCUCGACAGUCCCAUCGAGUCAGCCGGCGGAACUCGCCAGAGACGGACGUGGAUAUGAAAGGAGACCCGAUGCUGAAUCCAUCAGCAUCGCAGGCAGGAAAAUUGGGCGAAAUUCGGUGCACCAUGACACGGAGCAAAGACUGUGAAUAUGUAGAUUGAAGUUAUACAUAGUUUAAGAAGGCAAACAAUGGUGGACAAAGGUGCAUUGAGGUUGUCUUGAAAGUUGAGAGAAGGAUCUUCAUUUGCAUCCACUGCGUUAUGGAGAUAUUGGAAUUUGAGAUUGUAGAAAAAGGAAUCCGUGUAAAUGCUUUUUCAAUUGACAAACUUUCGGGAUGACCUAAUGAGUGAGAAUUUUGCUAGGCAUAGAGAAAAAAAACAUCACUGUGAAACAGGAAAAAACACAUCUGUCUUUCAUAUUGUAGAAUCUCACUGAAGGGAUAUUUUUAUUGUAAAUACUACAUUGCCACAAUUUAUAUUACCAAUAUUAAAUGUAAAUACAUAUGAUGAGUGCUUGGGAGUGUGCUUGAGAUCAUCCCCUAUAGAUGUUUGCGUGGGAUGGGAUUUGCUGUGGACCAAAAACCAUGGUGUGGUGACGGAUAUGGCGAUUUAUUGCAAUAAAUUAGGCCACGGAGGACAAACACCCAGCGCUUGAAUAUUAAUCACGAAACCGGAUAGCUGAUAAGCUCUCCCCAUUGACACUAUCAAGACACAAUUCCCCAUUCGUCCCUCCACCAGAAUGCCCAUAGAGAGCCAUUCUCGUGGAAAGUGUGGUAAAACUCCAUUGGGACAUUUCAAUUUCCGACUGAAUGCUGAUAUUUGGUAUAUUGAAAAAUAUAUUAUGUAUGUAUGUGUAUAUUUAAAGUAUCAAUAGAGAGUAAAAUCAAUGGUACAUUGAUGGACGCAUUGUUUGAAAUAGCACAGGAUGAAAUAACACCCCCAAGAGAAUGAGCCAAAAUAUGAGACGGAGUGCGGGGGAGACAGUGAAUCACGUGAAUUGAAAUUAAUGUCUCUGGUGGAAAGAUGAUUUGACGGGAGAAAAAGUGGAAAUCUCCAUAAAAUGGUGCUUAAAUUAAUAUCGAUUUAGUAAUUAAAUGGAUAUGUAUCAUCAAGAUUUUCCUCCCGAACCACUGCCAAAAGAUUAUUUUCCCAGAGUGGUUUUGCCACGCUAACAGAGCUGCACAGAGUGAAUUUUAGAGAUGCAAUAAGAGUAAUAAAGUAUAAAAUGCAACUAAAAGAAAUACAUUUGAAAUAUAAAGUUUACAGAAGCAGAAAAUCCACAGCUUAAGCGAAGGAUUUUCUGUAUAUAAUCUCUUCAUUUUCAUCUAUUUUCCUUCCAUCUCUGUUUAUAUGGAGGAAAUGUGUUAUUUCUUUGGCUGAAUAUCACGUGUUUUUGCAAGGAAAUUACACGUUUUCCGCUGGAAUUGUUCCUUCAAGACAACCGUGCAAAUUUCCACAAUGUCCUCACAUCUUCACUUAAUCUCUCUCACACUCCUUCUCGUCGCGAUUUGCGAUUCUAUAAUUGCACAAUCCACAAUGAGGGAGUUUUUUUUUUAUAGUCGACGCAUAAAUCAUCUAUCUUGAAAAUUCAACGAGGCGAAACGAUCAUAUACUCUGGUAGUUUAAGUACAUAUCAUCAAGUGGAGAUAAAUUGAGGCUAAAAUAUGGCUCUUGUGAAGGCAAUUUUCUGGUUUUUCGUGCCAUCAAACAAAUAGGAAAAUACCAAAUGGGACACAAAGACGCUCUGAUGUGCUCAUUUUCCAGAAUUUAAGUGCAGAAAAUUCUGAGCAGUUUUGAAUGAGAAUUGUAAUAGAAUAGAGAUAUUCCUCCAGUUCAAGUUGAAGAAAUUAAUUCUAAUCUGCGUGUUCGUGAUGCGAACAAAUAUUAUAGAAAGAUGAUUUAGUGUAUAAUUCUCCUGAAGGCGACAUUUUUUUAUUUUUCACUCUUAACAUCUCCUUCCACAUGUCACGAUUAUCCUCUGAAUGUUAAGUACAUAGAAAGAAAUAAAAAAUGCAGAAGAUAUAAAAAUUUUUAGAUAAAAGCCACCCACUGGAGAGGCAAAGCAGAUAUUCAGAAUAACUAUAUGUGUGGAAAAGAAAAAUGCAGGAGAAAAACUUCUUACAGCGACUUUUCAUGAUGAACAAUUAUCAAAAGAGAAGAAAAAAAUGUGUUACUCCUAAGCAGAGGUUUAUCUAUUUGAACUUGAAGAUUUUAAUGGUGAUGAUUAUAGUGAGAGGAGGAAAAAAAAUAUAUGUUUUAUAAAUAA